AUGAGAGUCUGGAGUACCAUCAUCACGCUUGCUUUACAUCCCAUUGUCGCAGCUCAUUUCCAUGUCGGCGCACUCACUUCCCACAGUGGCCACGAACUAAUUGCUCUGAUCCCUUCACCGGGAGACAUUGGCUGCAAAGAGGUACUUGCCACCUCAGAAGGCGGUGCUCUGCUCGGGACGACGAUUCAGGGCACAGUUUGCAACCGAAAUGUCACGGUUUUCACUGAGAACUGGUUUGUUGGUAACAUCUCGUUCACUGCGCUGGAUGGCAAGAGGGGGAUUUGCUAUAUAGUUGGAAAAGCCUCAGCCUGUGGCGAUUGGGUUUGGCACGAUAAUGUGUGGUGCGAAGCACCGGACAUCUGCUAG